AUGUCUGCUACAGUGCUCCCCAGUGCAUCGAGGAACAGCAACAGCACGGCCAACGGCACAACGAGCCGUGGCGGGCGCAAGGGCCCAAACCUCAACAUCGUGCUCACUUGCCCCGAGUGCAAAGUGUACCCUCCCAAGAUCGUAGAGAGGUUUGCCGAGGGGGACGUCGUCUGUGCACUCUGUGGGCUCGUGCUCUCGGACAGGCUAGUCGACACGCGGUCCGAGUGGCGGACUUUCUCGAAUGACGACCAGAACGGGGAUGACCCCUCGCGUGUCGGGGAGGCUUCCAACCCGUUGCUCGAUGGGAACAACUUGUCCACGAGGAUAGGACAGGGGGAGAACACGGAUAUGCGGUUUACGAAGGAGUUGAACCGUGCACAGGGGAAGAACGUCGUUGACAAGAAGGAUAACGAGGUGCACGCUGCGUUUGCGAAGAUCACGAUGCUCAGUGACGCAGCAGAGUUGCCCAAGAUCGUCAAGGACUGUGCCAAGGAGGCGUACAAGCUCUGCCACGACGAGAAGUCCCUCAAGGGGAAGUCCACGGAGAGUAUCAUAGCUGCGUCCAUCCUCAUCGGAUGUAGACGAGCGGAGGUCGCUCGUACGUUCAAGGAGAUACAGUCCAUCAUACACGUCAAGACGAAGGAGUUUUCAAAGACACUCAGCAUCAUGAAGGGGAUCCUCAGGGAGAAGUCCUCCGAUGGGUUCAUCAAGAUCAACACAGACAACAUGUCCGGUGCACAGAACCUCACGUAUAUUCCCAGAUUCUGUUCGCACUUGGGUCUCCCCAUGCAAGUGACCACGGCGGCAGAGUACACCGCGAAGAAGUGCAAAGAGAUCGAGGAGAUCGCAGGGAAAUCGCCUAUCACAAUCGCUGUCGUAUCCAUAUACCUCAACAUCCUCCUCUUCAAGAUCCCAGUCUCUGCUUCAAAAGUAGCACAGAUUUUACAGGUCACGGAGGGGACCAUCAAGUCUGGUUACAAGAUUUUAUACGACCACAGGGAGAAGUGCGUCGAACCACAACUACUCGCGUCGGGGACCGUCUCGCUGGACGACCUCCCCUGCCUCGACAAGGACAAAGAGAAGGCCAUGAAGCUAGAGAAGAAGUCUUAA